AAGUUGUACGUGCCAGAGGACGAGUAUCCGGGGUAUAACUUUAUCGGGCUGAUUUUGGGGCCGCGCGGGAACACGCAAAAGCGCAUGGAACGAGAGACGAACACGCGCAUCAUGUUGCGAGGGAAAGGAAGCGUUAAACCGGGCGCGCAUCGCGACCAUAAGACGGAUUAUAAAGAGGAUGAACCCCUGCACGUGGUGAUUUUAGGCGAGACGUGGGAAGGCGUGGACGCCGCGGCGGAGAUGGUCGGACACAUCUUGCGUCCGAUCGACGAAGAGGCAAACGUGCACAAGCGCAUGCAGCUUCGAGAAUUGGCUUCGAUCAACGGUACUUUCGUUGAG